UUCAGGCUCGUUGGCGAUAAUUUACUAGUUAACACAUACUCAACUCUCUCGUGUUCGCAAGCAAAUCACCCCCUCCUCCAAAGCCCUCGUGUGCUAUGCAAUCUUGCAUGUUCACGGCCCGCUCUCUACGAAACCUCGCCGGAACAUAGCAUUCAGCCCGGAAAAGAGCACAAAGCUUCGGACGAACCAACUUCUUGCGCCGCAUUCAAGGCGGUCCGCCAGCUCUCCGCCAUCAUGUCGACCGAGUACAAUUAUGAUGAACAGGGCCAAUUCUUCCCAUACUUCAUCCUCACAAUUGCCGCGAUCGUCACUGUGCCCACCACAUAUUCAUGGCUGAAGCCCAGCAAAGAGCUCGAAAACACCGCGGCGCGGAUACAGACUGACUAUCGUCCUGACGAUGCGGAUCUGGUCGAUAAGGUCAAGAGCAAGCAGAGGAGGCGCGAGCGCCGGACGAAGAGGAUGCUGGUGAGCAUCGCAGGCUGGGCUGUCAUGGUCGGAAUGGUCUACUUGAUCAUCGUCACCGCUAGGACGAUCCCCAAGGUGUGGGAUCCGUACGAAGUGCUGGGUAUAUCCUACUCGGCAUCCGAGAAGCAGAUCAAGUCGCAUUACCGCAAACUAUCCCUCACCCACCACCCGGACAAGGUUAAGAUCGAUCCGGCUCUCAACCAGACCGUUGAGUCUGUCAACGAGCACUGGGUCGAGAUUACGAAGGCUUUCAAGGCACUCACGGACGAGGAGGUUCGCAGAAAUUACCUCGAGUACGGCCACCCGGACGGCAAGCAGAGCUUCAGCAUCGGCCUUGCCCUCCCCGCUUUCCUUGUCGCAGAGGGCAACGGUAAGUAUGUCAUGCUCUUCUAUCUCAGCUUGCUUGGCGUCGCCGUGCCGUACUUCGUCGGCCGAUGGUGGUACGGCUCGCAGAAGAAGACGAAAGAAGGGAUCUAUGUGAACAGCGCGGGGACGUUAUUCCAGACCUUCCGCGAAGAGACCAAUACGAGUGCCAUUAUCGAAGCAUGCAGCGGCGCCGACGAAUACAAAGAAUUGCUGCAGGGGGAGAAGGCGGAGUCAGGUCUGGCACGUAUAGAGCAGCGUGUCCUUGCGCCCAGUGAGUUUGAGCAGUUCGCGUCUGGUCUCACGGCCAAGGACGAGAAGAAACUUAAGCAGAUGGACGACCCACAGCGCAGGAAAACGCUCGCUUUAAUCUGGGCGUACCUCGGCCGUAUCGACCUUGAAGACGCCAUCCUAAACGACGAGAAGUUCGAGGUCGGCCCCAUCGCGCAGCUUCUUAAUGAAGCAUUCACUAUCAUUGCCCUGCACUUUGGCGCAAUGGAGCCGGUACUCAACUCCUAUCGCCUGUCGCAAUGCCUGCUACAAGCCAUCCCACCUGCUGGAUCACCGCUACUUCAACUUCCCCAUUUCACUCCAAAGGUUGUGGCCGCCAUUGAAGGCGUCAAGUCUCGCAAACAUCUCUCCGUCCAGAAAUUUAUGGCUAUACCACCUAACGAGCGCAAGUCUAAAGUGGUAGGACCGGGCCUCCUGGACGAAAGACAGUACCAGCAAGCGAUGUCCAUAGCCUCAAACAUGCCUUAUCUCCAUGUUGAAAGGGCCUUCUUCAAAGUCCACGGAGAACGUUAUGUGACUCCCAACUCCCUCGUUCAAUUCGUUGUCAAGGCACGUGUCAUCCCACCGGGCAGCACAAACGUUCCUCACGUCACAGAAGCCGAUCUGGAGGAGCCCGACAAGGAUGAGUCACGCCGAUCCAAAGCAAACGAAGUCUCUUAUCCCCCACCCCUGGCCCACGCACCUUACUUUGCGCGCGAUCACUCUCCCAAGUGGAACAUGUUCCUCGGUGAUGCUAAACAAGGAAAGAUAGUGGUGCCACCAUUCACAUUCGCACAAUUUGACAAGCCGAUCUUCCACAAAGACACCGGACUUCCUACCUUUGAGGUGCAGACGCUCAAGAUGCAGUUUGGUGCGCCACCUCAACCAGGUGUCUACACGUUCCAGAUGCAUCUGGUCUGUGAUUCGUAUCUGGGCUUAGAUACAAAGAUGAACGUAACGAUGGAAGUCAAGGACGCGACAAUGGCAGAGGACAUUGGAGACGGAGGAGAAAUCAGCGAUCCAGAUGAAGAUUCUCUUGCGGGACAGAUGGCUAUGAUGAAAGGCGAGCGGGUGAAGAGGAGCGUGGUGAGAGAUGAGUCGAGUGGUAGCGAUACAGAAGGCGAUGAGGCGCUUGAUGAGGACAGUACUACGGACACGGAGACAGAUACUGAUGACGAGUAGAGGAUCUGGCUGGAGUUUGUGUUUUAGAGCAUUUGCAACGGCGUACGAAAUACUGCUGUCGAAGAGAGACAAGCCAUCAUGAGCACUUUUUGUCGACUUGCCGACCUAGAGCUUCGCGAACUGUCCUAGGAGAAAAAAAUGGUGUACUAGCCGGGGUUAUUGUGCAUUGUUUAAGGCAGCAUACAGUUUAUCCUGGAUGUUUACGUAGUGGUCACCUUGUAUGAGUACAUAGGCAUUCCGAUUUUGACGUCAAGUACAACAAUCUUUG